AUGCUUGAUCAAAAUGCUGUUUUGGAGGCUUUUGGCCGCACAAUGGCCGCAGACGCUAUAGUCAUCAAACAAGCAGAACAAGAGCUAUACCAUAUGCAAAAAGAGCCAGGGUUCACGUCUUUCCUCUUGAAUGCGGCUACGGAUGCCACUGUGCCGCUGAACGUGCGCAUUUCAUGCGCGAUCUAUAUGAAAAACAAAAUCCAGCGGUGCUGGACCAGCAAGCGCGACGACGCGAUUGUUGUGGAGGAGCAGAACGCGAUAAAGGAGGCCCUGGUCCAAAGCGUGAUCUCACAUGCGGAAAAUAUGCAAAUCAGACCUUACCUGACAGAGUCGGUGCGUGGGGUGCUCGACCACAGCGACAAAUGGGAUUUGAGCGGGGCAAUCCAAGAACUACUGUCAAGCAACAAGCCCGAGUUUGUGUAUCCUGGACUGCUGCUUCUAUUCGAGGUCUGCAUAAAGCACCGGUGGGACAUGCCAGAAAACAGACAAUACAUCGACGACGUGAUCGAAGCCGUGUUUCCAUGCAUGGAGGCCAUUGCCGCGCAGCUCGUGAACGAAACCGACUACAAGUCAAACGAGCUUUUGUACUUGGUGCUCAAGUGCUUCAAGUACGCAUGUCUCAACAAUUUCCCACGCUACUUCGCAAAUCCCGAAAAGCUGCAGUCGUGGAUCCAACUGCAUCUUUUCUUGUGCUCCAAGCCCCUUCCACAGGAAGUGCUGAACCUGGAUGCGGCUGACAGGUCCCUCGACAAGAGAGUCAAGUGUAACAAGUGGGCUUUCGGUAACCUGUCCAGAUUUUUGAUCAAGUACAGUAGAUCCACGAAGAGCAUCACCCAGGAUUACGUAAACUACGUGUUUGACCAAGUGGUGCCCACUAUCCUCACACAGUAUUUCAAGAUUAUAGAAGAGUGGGGGUCGGGCUCGUUGUGGCUCAGCGACGCUUCGCUUUAUUACAUGAUCGAAUUUCUGGAAAAGUGCAUGGCCACAGACUCGCUGUGGUCAAUGAUCAACCCCCAUUUGCAAUCCAUCAUCACUUAUGUGAUUUUCCCCUGUCUAUCAGCCAACGAGGAAAGUGUUGCUCUUUUUGAGGAAGAUCCUGAAGAAUAUACCAGGCGUUACUUUGACGUCAACAAAGAGGGCACCACCGCAGACGUGGCCUCUACAGACUUCAUAUUUGUCGUUGGUCACAGAAGGUUUGCAGAAGUCAGUAAAAUAUUGCCCUUGAUCAACAAAGUCUUCAACAAUUUUGCUUCAAGAGGCGAUUUGGCCAGUGCUUAUCAAGAAGAGGGUGCUUUGAGGCUGCUAAGCUCUUUGUGUAGUUUCCUUGCGGAAAAGAAUUCACCAGUCAAAGACGAACUUGAAAGCAUUUUCGAACAUUUCAUUACUCCUUUACUAAGGCAGCAGAAAUUCCCAUUUCUGAUAGCAAGAGCCCUGGGAACAAUUGCCAUUCAUCAGCAACAGUUUUCUGAUUUGAACGUUCUUUCCCAAAUAUACGAGGCAGUCUACAUUAAUUUCAUGAACUCGGAUCAGUUGCCUAUACAAGUCGAGGCUGCUGAUGCACUAAAGACCCUUAUUGUUUCAAACCCCAAAAUUCAUUCACAUAUCUCUUCUCAGGUUCCAGGCAUAAUGGAAAAGCUGUUGAAACUGUCGAAAGAUUUUGAAAUUGAUAUCCUGUCAGAAGUAAUGGAGUCCUUUGUGGAAAGAUUUGCUGACGAGUUGUCGCCAUUUGCCGAAGAUUUAGCGGCUAGUCUGGCAGAACAAUUUGUCACCCUUGGACAAUCCAUCGUGGAGAAUUCUAGUGGCACUUACUCCACUGCGGACCAGGAUCAGGAAAUUCAAGCCAGUGCGGUGCUGCAAACCAUGACGACAAUGGUAAUGUCCAUGAAUAAAGUUUCGCUGAUAGACAAAUUUUUGCCGGUGGUGAAGUUCAUCAUAGUGAACGCUCAAAUUACCUUUCUGAGCGAGGCCGUGGACCUGAUGGACUCACUUGCACUAUCCUCGAAAGCCAUGUUCAACAGAUUUUCGCCAGAAGUCUGGGAAAUGUUGCAUGACGUUCUCGACUCCUGUCAAACGUAUGCCCUGGAAUACUUUGAAAGUUUCCAGGUGUUCUUUGAAACCAUUGUCACGUACGGCUUUCCUACUGACCAGACCUACGUACCCGCAUUUCUUGAAGUCCUAUCUCAUGCAAUGGAUAGCGGCGUGGACUUCGACGUUGAGAGCUCAUUGGACAUAUUGUUGUUCUACGUGCUAUCGAUGAAAGAUAUCCCGCUAUUUGACAAAGUUCUCAAAUUAUCCAACGAACAGAAUGAUGAUUUGGAAGUGGAGGAUUUCGUUUAUGUGAAGGUCUUUUUGGCUGGUGUAUUUGUUAGACCAUUGGAAACUUUGCAAACAUGUGAGGAGAAGGGCGUUACGCUAGAGAUGCUUCGCAAGUGGUUUUCUUGCAAAUUCAGCAGCGUUCUUACCAUUAAGCUGCAAUUGAUGGCGAUCAUCUCCCUUUUCGGACUUCCAGAGCUGCCCAGCUGCAUAAGUGGAUUCGUGCCACAGCUUUCAGACAAGCUCAUAACCCUCACAGCUUUGCUUCCAGAGGCGAUCAGAAAAAGAGACGCUCUGUCGAGCGGCGAACUCGGAGAGAGCGCUUUCAACGAUGAUGGCACUGAGUUUUUCGACGAAAUGGAAGACGAUUUCAAAGAAUCGUGUCUGGACGACAUCAACUGUUUCCAGCAAGUGCAUACGCUCUUCUCCCAGAUGCAGAGUUCCAACCCUGGACUGUACCAGCAAAUCAUGGGCUCGCUUUCGGAGGACAAGAUGGACACCUUGAAGACAAUUUUAGAGUUUGUAGAGCAAAACUGA